GAUGGCGGUCGUGAAGCUUUCGUUGUCAGCUUUUUUAUUAUUAUUUUUUCCUUCUGUUCUUAAAGCCGAUGCAGGAGAAAGACAYGUUAAAUAUGAAUAUAAAUAUAGUUUUAAAGGUCCUCAUUUAAUGAAUAAGCAGGGACAAGUGCCGUUUUGGACAUAUGGGGGAAGUGCAAUACCUAGCAAUGAUCAAGUACGACUGACUCCAUCGCUAAGAGAUAGAAAAGGGUAUUUAUGGACAAAGGAAAAGUUUACUAGUGAGUGGUGGGAGAUUGAGGGACAUUUUAGAGUUACUGGAAGAGGGAGAGUUGGUGCAGAUGGAAUGGCAAUAUGGUAUACAGAAACAGCUGGGACAGAAGGGCCAGUAUUUGGAAGCACAGAUAACUGGAAAGGUUUAGCUGUUCUUUGCGACUCUUUUGAUAAUGAUGGAGAGCAAAACAAUCCUUUUGUAUCUGUUAUGGUCAACGAUGGCACUAAAUCUUAUGAACACCACAAUGAUGGAAAAAACCAAAAUCUUGGUGGUUGUCUGAGAGACUUCAGGAACAGGCCUCAUCCUAUUAGAGUUAGAAUCAGAUACUAUCAAAAUGUCUUAACGCUUUGGUUUCAUAUGGGAAUGAGUACAAAGCCAGAAGAUUUUGAACUUUGCACCAGGGUUGAGAAUGUUCAUUUAGCUAAAGAAGGUUUCUUUGGAGUAUCAGCUGCUACAGGGGGGCUUGCAGAUGAUCAUGAUGUCUUGUCAUUUAGUACUUUGACACUWACUCCUCCCUCCAAAGAUGCGGCAACACAAGGAGGUCUUUCCCAGGAAGAACAGGACAAACUAACCAAGCAGUAUGAGGAGUACCAAAAGAACCUUGAGAAGCAAAAGGAAGAGUAUGCACAGGCACAUCCUGACAAAGUCAAAAAGGAUGAAUUGCAGUAUGAGUCUGCUUAUGAGAGGGAUAUUCGUCUUGUUUAUGAAGGACAGAAUGCCAUCCACAACAUGCUCAAUCAACUCCAUGCCAAGACAGGAGAACUAACUGUCCAAGCCAACACUCUUCAUACUCUGGUAUCAACAGACCAUAAUCGCAUGUCCAACAUGGUAACAAUGGACAAGACUAUUAAUAGACAAGAAGUUGGCUCUAUCAUAAGUGUUCAACAACAAAUGCUGACUAAAUUAGAGGAUAUCAAGAAUGCAAUCAGUGGGAUGAAGACAGGAGGAAUGGACAGACGCAGUGCAGAUGAUACUGGUGUAACAAGUCAACUUAAUGAUAUGCAGGGUGCCAUGGAUUCACUUGUACACACUGUCAACAACAUGGCCUCUAAACAACAGUUUGCAGGUGACAAAAAGAAGGAUUGUCCCCCACCCCCACCACCAGUUCAUUGUAUUGGACCAGGCUCUUUUGUAUUUCUCAUUAUUGCUCAGAUAGUAAUGUUAGUAGGUUAUAUAACAUAUAGAAAUCAGAAAGAAGCUGCUGCUAAGAAGUUCUUUUAAUAAAUUAGGAUUAUAAUGUCAAUUUAAAUUUAACAACAAAACAAUUCUAGGAAAGAUGCAUAGCAUCAAUGACACUUUGAAGACACAAAGUUUGUGUAAACAUCAUAUUGUAUUUUAUGGUAUUGUAGAGGAAAUACUGCAUACGUUAUACAUUAUAAAUUCUUUCCUUUAGGUUUUUCUAUCAUUAUAAGAUGGCAACUAAUAAGUUUUUACAUGGAUGUAAUUAAGUCAGAAUACAAUGUAUUUCUUUAGGAAAAGAAAAGUCUUUCUUUUCAAAUUCCAUGCAUUUUCUCUGGCUAACAACAGGAAUAUGUUGAUUGGUUUUGAAGCUAACAGAGAGCAAACCAGAACUAGAAAUUGGAGUAUGAAGAUACCAGGAAUAAGUUAAAUUUUAAAAAUUGUAUUAGACAAUUUUAAGAAACUAUUAAUUAUGGAACUGAGUAUUAUGUAACACCUACUAUUCAUAAAAUCUUAUUUUAGCAAAGAAUGCCCCUAAAAUAUAGCCAUUCUUUUAGACAAAAUAAAUUUUUGGUAUGUAUUAUAAUUAAGCUAAUAUGAUUGUAUUUUGAACAGGUCAACUGGUAACCUUUUAUCAAAUUUUUGUCUCAUUAUAUUUUAUAGCCUGCUUGCUCCUUAAUUUACUGGAUGAAGAUUCUGUGCUUGAAAUUGCUAAAAUUUUAAGUUUGGACACAAGUACUCAUUGUCAGGGCUAAUUGACUCCAUGAGACAAAUUACAUGAAGGUUGAAUAACAUCAUCAACCAGAAAAAUCCUUAUUUAUCAAUAGUCCAUGCAAAAUCUAUGGAGUACAGAUAACUUAGCAUGCUGGAUAAUUUUGUUCAUCCUUCGUGCAAUGGGUUUUGGAUAUGCCACACUAUUUAUGAAUAAUUCUGGGUUUGACAGCCUAUGCAACGUUUAUUAAAUGCACAGCAUCAAGUCAUUUUAUUGAGAUGUGAUGCAGGCUAUAAUAAAUUUUAUGUUAAUAUUUAUGCACACAGCAAAUUCUUGAAACACCUACAUAAUCUAUAAACAUAUGCAGGGAUGCAACUAUUCCAUCUUUAAUUUUUAAUUUUAUAUUACUAACAAAACUAUUGCUUGUGCAAUUAACAUAAUUAUCUAAAUUAGCUGCAUUCAGUCUGACUCUUCUCCACAUGCAGACAUCAAAUAACAUUCCUAGAUUGUUAGCCAAUAUAUUUAUAGUUAAUUUAUGUAGAGUUUGUGUACUGUAUUAUUGUAGUAAAAUAGCCCUUUUUGUGGUUGUGCAAAGAGCCUGUGGUUUUACACCAAAGUGAGGCAGAUACGUGCAACAACCACGAAAAGGUCUAUAGCAGUAUUGGGAUAACUGUCUGUGCCUAUUUUGGCAUUUAUUUUAAUUAAGAAACAAGGUCUUUUAUAUUUGAUACACAAGAAAUCUACACAUUAAGAGUUGUUUCACAGGAAUUUUGAUUGAAUUCUCCUUGUUAGGACAUAAAUUUAUGUAACAAUUAGGAGUUUUCCACGAAUAAAAUUUAGAAGUUUGAUGCAUA